AUGUCUCCAACACCUUCAUUUGACUGUCAAUCAUCAAUCCACCCAUCAACUCACACAAUCUCUAAGCUUCCUUUCCGUCGUCGUCCCCCAUUGUCUCCCUCUCUUCCGCCAGACUGUCUACGCAACAUAUUUGCCUCUCUCUCAACCGACAAACGAACUCUACACGCUUGCCUAUUGGUCAAUCGUAUCUGGUGCAUUACCGCUGUCGAAUUUCUCUGGUCUCAACCAUUUCGAUUCCUGUUCACCUGUCAUCAUCAGUCAUGCUUAUGCACAUGUCGUGCACGUGAAUCGCAAUCAGCUAAACUAGUAGACGUAUAUUUUAUAUGUAUGAUCCAUGACAAGAUAAACGAGUUGGCUGACGGAGGAAUCGUACCACAUUCAGUUCAAAAGCCAAUGUUUCCGUACAACGAGUAUCUGAGAUCGCUGGAUUUGAUGGAAUUAAAUCAGGCUGUUGUCGAUUGGUUGUCGUUUCUCGAUACUCAAGGAUUGUUACUGAGCUGGAAGCUCGAUGACUUGUCGACUCAUCCAAUGUCUCCCAAAGCACAAAUAUUUGAAUACAACGCAUUGCUCAAAUAUCUAAUGCCAACUUAUGGUUCCGAUGACAUACUACAGAUCGAGGACAUGGCCGUUACUAUUCUCAGUGGAUAUCUAACGCGUGCAUCUCCGCUACUAAGGCAAUUAAUGAUCGAUAACCAAAACUAUACCAGAGGCGCAAACGAAUACAGAUGCUCCAGUCUCAAUCACAUCUACUGUGACAUGUUUUCAGUUCGAAAAUUAUUGCCAACAAAAGGAGCUCACUCGUUAACCGUAUUAACCGAGUUUAUAGCAACCACCAAAGAUAACAAGACCGAAGUAUUCUAUGCUUUAUCUAAAGUAUGUCGCAAUUUGAAGAGAAUAGUCGUUAAUCUAGACUACCCAUACAGAUCAUAUGGCGUCCCCAUCAGCAGACAGGAGACCGAGUCGCUCUGGGAUCAAGCUCAGCCUUUGAUCGUAUUGAUCAAAAAUCAGCUUAAAUUAGAAGACUUUGAAAUUCACUAUUGUUCAGUUGGAGCAGCCGACAUUUUCGACGCUUUGAAGGCCCAGGUUAACCAUCUACGCAAAGUGUGCUUUGUUGGUAUAUCCUUCUCAUCUUGGUGUUCUUUGAAAUUUCUCAGCGACUGCAGUCAACUGGAAGUUCUCAGAUUUGAAUUAUGUGAAGGACUAAUAUCUGCGACUAUCCUCGAUCCUUUACUGAGCGCUUCAUUUCCAAAUCUCAAUGUUCUGGAAUUCAUCGCUUCUGCUGUUCCCGAGCCAAUUCUAUGUGAUCUGUUGCGCAAAUGUAGCCAUACUCUAAAAACAGUCACUGUAGAGAGGGCGUUGUUUUAUUGGGUGAAUCCUACAAGAACAGCAACCAUCACAGUCGGAGAGUUUUGUCAUAGUGUCAGAGAGUUGAAUUUGUCACUGUGGCCGUUUGAUAGACAACAACUGGUGUGCAUAUUUUCGUCGUGCAAGCAUCUCGUCAAAGUGGAUAUAUCAGAUGCAAAUUUCGAAUACGAUGCUAGUAGACUAAUGAGGAAACUGUCUCUUAUCAAGUUGCCUAAUUUAAGGGAAUUGAUUAUUAGAGGAAUGUGGUCGUUUGGUGUAAAUUCCCUAGAGUGUUUUUUGAAACAUUCCGAGUGUUCUGUCGAAAAGUUGGAGUUUGACGGAGCAGUUGGAAUCGAGGAGGAACAUGUUAGAGUGGUGAUUGGGUGUCUGGCAAAGAAGCUGAGGAAUUUCAGAGUGACGAAAAACGGGCUGCUAAAGGAAGAAUGGAUAAGGAGACCUAAGAAACAUAAUUACAACAAUGUUAAAUUCGAGUAG